ACUACAACUCCCAGAAGGCACUGAGCGGUCACGUGACCAGAUCUUCCUGUCCCCCUCGUUCUUCGGCGAGCUGCGCCGCCCACGGACGUGUUGGACAUCUCUCCGCGUCCCCGACCCGUUCCGAGGGAGACACCGCGACCGGCGCUUCACAGCUGAGAAAAUGCCAGCCAUUAAACUGCAGAGUUCAGAUGGAGAGAUCUUUGAGGUCGACGUAGAAAUAGCAAAACAAUCCAUCACUAUCAAGACUAUGUUGGAAGAUCUAGGAAUGGAUGAUGGUGAUGAUGAUCCAGUUCCACUACCAAAUGUGAAUGCUGCUAUACUGAAAAAGGUUAUCCAGUGGUGCACACAUCACCGGGAUGAUCCUCCACCACCAGAAGAUGAUGAAAACAAAGAGAAAAGGACUGAUGACAUUCCUGUGUGGGAUCAAGAGUUUCUGAAAGUUGACCAGGGCACUCUCUUUGAAUUAAUUCUGGCGGCAAACUACCUUGAUAUAAAAGGGCUACUAGAUGUAACUUGCAAAACAGUGGCCAACAUGAUUAAAGGAAAAACACCGGAAGAAAUUCGCAAAACUUUCAAUAUCAAGAAUGAUUUUACUGAGGAAGAGGAAGCACAGGUACGGAAGGAGAACCAAUGGUGCGAAGAGAAGUGACCCCAGUAGGAAUCCUGCAACGCAGUGAAAAAUCUCUGCUUGCACCAUGUAUUAUAUCACUAGCAGCCUGUGAUUCCUUUAAAUAUAGUGACAAGAUAACCAUGCAUAACAUUUGUAACUAGUAAUAAUUUGAGCUUGCAGUGUGCUCCAUGAAACCUUCUUCUUAGCAAGUGGAGCAGUGACUAUUUAUUACUCCACUUUGACUUUAUUGAUCAGUGGAAUGCAAGGUGUAUAAAACUUUGGCAGUAUGACAGCAAUGAUUUAGUACUUUAAUUUAUAUUUAACGUUUACCUUUUUUCUGUGACUUUUUCAAUGGCUACUUUGUUUUAAAAUCAUCCCCAAAUCAUUUUUGUGGUUCAACUUGUGCUUACUGGUGUAUGGAUUUUUUUUUGUGCCAAUAUUAUCAUAUGGAAUGAAAUGCAACACACCUUCAGACUUGGUGUCAUACCAGAGAUGUUUCAAGAUGUAUUCCAAUUUUUUAGAUGAUUUUAGGUACCAUUCUCUUCCAGAAUUUCUAAAUAGUCCACAGUUGGCAUAAAUGUAAAAGCAGACAAAAGACUUGAGGUAGAACUAGUUUAAAGACCAGUAUUGAAGGAAGUAAUGGGACUUGUGUUCCAUGUGAAUGUUUAAAUGCUUUGUGUUAAGUCAUUGUCAGUCAAAAUCUAUAAAUCUGAGAAACUCUGUACUGCUGUACUAUUUUGAAUGUCCUGUUGGAGUGUCAAACUUGCUAGUUUUUGUUAUGCGAUGGAAUACAAUUGCUUAUUUUGUGGUUUAUUGUUUUCAAAAUGAAACCUCAUUAAAUUACUUGUGGCAUUUUUUCUGAAA